AUUAUUGACUUUAUUGCAGUUCAAACAUCAGAAACAUCUAAGUUGGGCGUGCGCAAAGUGUGCGAGGGGCGCCACAAGACGAACCCAGAAAAAAAGACCGACGCCAAAGCCAGUGAAUAAUUUGCACAAUCCAAUAAAAUGAAUCGAAUCGUAAACCUCGUGCAAGCAGCAGAGCGUUCAGCUGCUGAGAUCUCCGUCGCGCUGCGAUGCGGUAACCGAUGCAGGCGGCGCGCAUGCCCUUCAUAUGAUCCGAGCCCAGAACAGCACGUUUUUAUAGGAGAGAGUUGAUGGACCUGGGUUUGAGAGAACCGACGGAACAGACAAGGGGAUUAUUAUUCUAGCCAGAGGGGCAGAGGUUUAAUACUUCCCGGAUUAACUCUGCCGUAAUCGGCACGGGCUUCAGUGGAGCAGCGCACCGCCGGCUGACACUGCGCGCCGCUGAAACGCUUCUUAAAUCAUACACUUCUGCAGGACUCUGACAGGUGAACGAGGAGGCAGUUUUCUUUUUAUUUACCUCAAUCUACAAACCCUCAAACUGGUCUUUGCUGAAGAAGUAGGCCUACCUGUAUUCGGGAGGUAGGAUGUAGUUCUUCUUUACAUAAUAUUUGUGCUCUGGCUGCUCUGAUUCUCGAGAACAAAUCUGCACCAUAUUCACCGAGAGCUGUUUCAUAUGGGCGAAGCGAGAAGUCGGGUCCCUUCGUGUUGGAUAUGGGCUCGCUGUCAAGAUAACGGUGUGUCCGAUCCAGAGCGGGAGAAACGAUGGGCCGAGCUCUUCGAUCAGCUGGAUCUAAAUAAAGACGGGAGGAUCGAUGCGAAUGAGCUGCACACCGGAUUAAGCGCCUCUGGGCUCGUUCGCAGUGAGGUGGACGAGAUCAUACGUGUUAGUGACACCAAUCACGAUGGCCAGCUGGACAUUAAGGAGUUCACACAGUAUCUGCGCACGCACGAGAAAGAGCUCAGACUCAUGUUCCACAGCCUGGACCACAACAACGAUGGUCACAUAGAUGUUGCAGAAAUCCAGCUCUCCUUGCGCAGCCUCGGAGUGAACGUAUCUACAGAGCAGGCCUCCAGAAUCCUGCAGAGCAUAGACAGAGAUGGCACUAUGACCAUUGACUGGAACGAGUGGCGGGACCACUUCCUGUUUAACCCCUUGCGCAAUAUGGAGGACAUCGCCCACUACUGGAAACAUUCUCUGAUGUUUGACAUUGGGGAGCAGCUGACGGUGCCGGAUGAGUUCUCGGAGAAAGAGCGGCGUUCAGGUGUGGUGUGGAGACAGCUAGUGGCCGGGGCAAUGGCAGGAGCCGUCUCGCGAACGGGAACUGCUCCUCUCGACCGUCUUAAAGUUUUUCUUCAGGUCCAUGGCUCCAGUGGUGGGAGUUUGUUGGGUGGUUUGCGGGGAAUGGUCCAGGAAGGGGGAUUGAGGUCCCUUUGGAGAGGCAAUGGCACCAAUGUCCUCAAAAUUGCCCCAGAAUCAGCUAUCAAAUUCAUGGCUUAUGAGCAGAUCAAAUGGCUGAUCAGAGGCAGUAAGGAGGGUGGAUCUCUAAGAGUCCAGGAACGCUUCAUUGCUGGUUCACUGGCAGGAGCUACAGCUCAGACCAUCAUCUACCCCAUGGAGGUGUUGAAGACACGUCUGACCCUCCGGAAGACAGGACAAUAUGCUGGCAUGGCAGACUGUGCCAAACAGAUACUGCGUAAAGAAGGAGUGCGCGCAUUCUACAAAGGCUAUGUACCCAACACACUUGGAAUCAUCCCGUAUGCUGGCAUUGAUCUGGCUGUCUAUGAGACUCUAAAGAAUGCUUGGCUACAGCGCUACUGCAUGGGCUCAGCUGAUCCUGGCGUCCUGGUGCUUCUUGGAUGUGGCACUGUGUCCAGCACCUGUGGGCAGCUGGCUAGUUACCCGCUGGCUUUGAUCCGCACACGCAUGCAGGCUCAGGCCUCAGCAGAUGGUGCUCCUCAGCUCACGAUGGUUGGCCAGUUCAAACACAUUGUGUCCCAUGAAGGCGUUCCUGGACUUUACCGUGGCAUUGCCCCCAAUUUCCUCAAAGUCAUUCCUGCUGUUAGCAUCUCUUAUGUGGUUUAUGAGCAUAUGAAGAAAGCACUGGGAGUGGGAUCUUAAACUAAGACAGAAUCAGAAUGAAAAAAAGGAAAUAAAAUUGCUCCUGCUUUAAAAAGAGGACGAUGAAACUUCUGGACCUCAUAAGAUGAGCCUUAGGGAGGCACAGAGGACCCCUAGAGAACAGAAUAAGGAAGACAUAGUCAAUGAAUGUCCUAAAAACCUCUAAAUUGUAUGCAAUCAGAUUCCCAUGGCAAUUUAUACUUUAAUAGGAUGGACAGAAAGCUUUGGGCUGAGUAUAUUCAGAGUGCUUCUCUGUGACUGGCAGCUCUCUGGUUUAUUGUACACUGUUUACCUGCUGUUUCACAUAAAUAACUUCUUAUCUGCAAAGGUGGACACCACUGAAUAGUACUUGUAAUUCCCGCUGUGAUAAAUGUGGGGUGAUUGUGUAAUCAAAGAUACCUAAAGACAGGGAGUGCUGGUGACAUUGGGCCUAUUGCAGUAUUUGUAGGAAGAUUAACAAGUUAUAUAUAUAUUUUAAAUGAAAACCAAAGUUUCCCUUCUAAAACUGACCAAAAUGUCGAAGAAGGUGUAUUAAUGCACACAUGGGAAUGGGAUACUUUCAAUAUAUUUUAACGUUUUAACUGAUGUUUCAUAACAUUUACAAAUGAUUUAUAAAUGGUAAAGCAUGUUUCAGCAGGGAUUGUACAGCUCAUAUAUUUUUGCAAAGGUCAGUGAGAGGUAAGCAUGUUAUUUGCUACACUUUAAUGAUUUAAUAGGAUUUGUUCUGUUAAAUUGAUUGUAGAAUUUAUAUCUUAAACUGACUUGUGAUGUUAUUUUAUGACAUCUAUGCUGCUUUGCUACCUUUUUACAGUUUGAGCCUUCUCUGAUAUUUCAGUCUCCGUUAUUAAAGCGUAGAGUGAAAUACAGGAUUUAGUGUUAAAAUGGUAAAUUAUAUAAAUAACUGCCUUGAACAACUUGCAAAUGGGGCAUUGACAAGGGUAUUAGAUGAAAAGGGGAGUUUAUUAUAAAAUUUGGAUACUUUGUGUUUAUUAAGGAAUUUGCUCUGGUGAAUGCUGAAUAAUGUGUCUGAAAGUAAUUUCUAAAUCUAUACACAAAGGGCUUUUGAGCCACAUGUAGUGCAUGAAAGUAAGUGAUCUAAGUAGUUUUGCAAUUUGCAUGUUUUACGUGUUUCAAAAGCUCAAAUCAAUAUCAGAAAUAUGCAAAGCACUGUUAUAUUUAAAGUUGACAAGAAAUGUGUUUAACAUAAAUCAUAACUGCUGCUACCUGACUCUGUUUAUCUGAAACACAUUAUUCAUAUUUUUUUAAUCAGCUGAACUGGGGUGUGUUUCCCAAAAGCAACUAUGGUCGCAAGUUCCGGCAUUACCAAUAGAUUUCAGUGGAACUAACUACCAUAGUUAGCUAACGAUACUUUUGGGAAACGCUCCCCUGUUUAGAUGCAUCUGAUGCAUAUUUUGCUGAAUCCGAAUAUAAAAAUGCCUGCCUUUAAUUUUGAGUAUGAAAUAUGGUUUUGGUUAUAAAUACUGUUUGCAUGAAUUUAUUUGAGAAAUGGCUUAGAAAGUAAUUAUAUAUAUAUAUAUAUACACACACACACACACACACACACACACACACACA